GGAAGUUGUAUAUGUAUUCAAAUAUCCUAAAAUGAAAACUUUGAAUUUACAUUAUAUAUACUGGCUUUGUAUACUGAAAACCUACCAGAUGAUACUACAUAAAAGCUAUUGAUGAUGCUCAUGUCUCUUUCAACAAUAGGUUUCUAGAUGGACAAACAUAAUCUAACAGUGCUCAAUGAAUUCAUUCUGACGGGAAUCACAGACCUCACAGAGCUGCAGGCGCCAUUGUUUGGGCUGUUCCUCAUCAUCUACAUGAUCUCAGUGGUGGGCAACAUGGGCAUCAUCAUCCUCACCAAGAUGGACUCCAAGCUACAAACUCCCAUGUACUUUUUUCUCAGACACCUGGCUGUCAUUGAUCUUGGUUAUUCAACAGCCGUGGGACCCAAAAUGCUAGUCAAUUUUGUGGUCAAUGAAAACACAAUCUCCUAUUAUUUUUGUGCUAUGCAGCUAGCUUUCUUUAUUAUGUUUAUAACUAGUGAAUUUUUCAUUCUGUCAGCAAUGUCCUAUGACCGCUAUGUGGCCAUCUGUAACCCUCUGCUCUACACAGUCAUCAUGUCACAGAGGGCGUGUUGGGUAUUGGUUUCAAUCACCUAUCUCUACAGCACAUUUGUUUCUCUUCUGGUCACCAUAAAGAUUUUUAAUUUAUCCUUCUGUGGCUACAGUGUCAUCAGGCAUUUCUACUGUGAUGGUCUUCCCUUGGUAUCUUUGCUCUGCUCAAACACACUUGAAAUCAAGUUAAUCAUUCUUGCCUUAGCAGCUUUUGAUUUGAUGUCAUCCCUCCUAACAGUUCUUGUUUCUUACAUACUGAUCAUUGUAGCCAUUCUCAGGAUGAACUCAGCUGAGGGCAGGCGAAAGACUUUCUCCACCUGUGGAUCCCACCUGACUGUGGUGGUAAUGUUCUAUGGGACUUUAAUCUUCAUGUACGUGCAGCCCAAAUCCAGUCAUUCCUUUGACACUAAUAAAGUGGCUUCCAUAUUUUAUACCUUGGUUGUUCCCAUGUUGAAUCCCUUGAUCUAUAGUUUGAGGAAUAAAGAUGUAAAAUAUGCCUUACAUAGGACUUUAGGACAACUAUGCAAUUUAUUUUCUCAAAGGUUACUAUAUUAUAUGAUUCAUAAAUUAUGUCAUGGGCUUUAAAC